AAGAAGCUGAUGAGUUGUUCCACUUCCACACCUCUCUGAAUUCUGAUCAUAGCUCCACAAAGAAACAAAGAAAGAAACCCCCUUUUGUGUUUCAAAGAUCAAAUCUAGUGAUGCCUCCAAAGCGAAAAGUAACAGUUGCCUGCAAGGCAAUGAAAAGUAUUGGCUUCACUGAAAGUGAAGUCAAACCAGUGCUGAAUCAACUUCUUGAAUCGUCUGAUUAUAACUGGGGAUAUAUUGAAAACGAUGAAUAUAGAGCCUUGAUUGAAGCCCUAUUGCAGAAGAAGCAAGAACAAGAAAAGAGUGUGGAAUUAAAGAAGAAAGAUGCUUGCUCAAACGAGAAAGCAAAGGGUUCUGAGCCUGAAGACUUUGAACCUAUAGGGAAGAGAUUGCGCCGAAGACACCAGGAAGAACGGGCUUUGGUUGCUGUGGAUUGUUUGGAGCCUGAAGACUCUGAACCUCUAGUGAAGAGAUUGCAUCAAAGACACCAGGAAGAAAGGGCUUUGGUCGCUGUGGAUUGUUCAGAGCCUGAAGACUCUGAACUGCUAGUGAAGAGAUUGCAUCAAAGACACCAGGAAGAAAGUGCUUUGGUCCCUGUCGAAACCUCCAAUUCGCAGCUGGUAAUAACUCCAUCUAAAAGGGGAUAUCAGGAUAUAAAUGAAGUUUCUUCAGGCUCUCAAGAUUGGUCAGAGCCUGAAGACUCAGAACCUCUAUUGAAAAGAUCACGCCCAAGAAGGGCACGGCAAAGUCAGCCUGAUGCUGAACUAAUUCAAAUUUGUGAUGAAGAAGAAGUAGAUGAGUCAACUCAACUGAAAGUUUGGAUUGAGCAAAGUAAGUCAAAGCCUGUCUCACGGCUGCAACAUCUAAAAAAUGAAUCCAGGAAAUGUAAUUCAUCUACAACUUCUCCAGUGCCUAAAGCAAAAGGGCCAUCUCAACCAAAUCUUUGCAACAAUAGCACUGAGUCUGAUUCUUUAUCAUUUCAAAAGAAAGGAAAGACAUCAGUAACUCCUCAAGUUGCUCCAGGAGAGGGAAGGUUAACAUCUGAGAGAGGAAAUGGUAUUAGGCCAUUUGAAAAGCUGAUGGUUGAGUCCUAUUUGGAUCAUACCCCUGUAGAAAAUGUGCUUGAUAUGUAUCAAGAAAACAAUUUUAAUCUGCCCAGAGAUGAGCCCUCCACUGAUAAACAUCUGCUAGACGAGGUUCCUCUUGCUAUGAUCCUUCCAGAUAUAGAAGGUUCUUCUUCAUACGGAAAUGGUUCAAAUGCUAAAGCAGAUGUCUUAGAGGUCCUGGAAUCUAAAUCUCUAGACAUGAAUGAAAAAGCUCCAAGUGUAGAUGGUCUUUCAAAUGGAAAAAGUUCUGCAGCUAAAGAAGAUGGUUCAAAGUCCCUGGAAUCUGAAUCUUUGGAUGUUAUGGAUAAAGGUGAUGGUGUUUCAGAAGUAUCACAGUUUGAUAUUACUUCAUCUCCCAAGAGAGAGGUGAAACUUUCCCUGAUUUGUAACUCUUCUGGGCGGUCUGAUUUUCAUAUUCCAAGCUUGGAUGCUGUUUUCAAGGUGGUAGAAGAAAAUUUUCUUAAAUUACAUGGACUUACAGAAUUCAACUUCUCUUUGUUGGAGCUGAUGACAGAAUUUUGUGAACGCUUCUGGGCAAUGGGCACUGACUCUGCUGUUGAUGAACAUCUAAGGUCCACAAAUAUACCGGCAUCCAAGAUAUCUGAUGCACAAGGGGGUCAUGAUGGCAAAGAUGGUCAUGUAGGCAAUCAUUGCACUCCUUCAAGCCUUUCAAGUGGAUCAGUCAGAUUUCAGAAUCCGAUUAAGGUAAUACCCCAAAUUCCCAAACCUAUAGCUCCAAGUGGUUUGGGUGGCCUUCAUAGUGUUGCUGGUUUUGAGAUUAAGGAUAUGGAGAACAUUUGUGGUGAAAGUGAAAGGAGGUUAAAACUUCUUAAAGAUCCACAAUCUUCUAAGUCAAACAAUAGGGAGAUUGUUCAGAAACACCAUUCACCAUUCUCUAUUGUGAAUUACUGUGACUAUGUUGAUGACAUAACCAGAGGGGAAGAAAAGGUAAAAAUACCGUUGAUGAAGGGCAGUGCCGAAGAUCUGCCAGCCUUUAGAUACAUAUCAAAGAGUUUAGUUUAUAGGAAAGGUUAUGUGAAUUUUGCACUAGCUCGUAUAUCGGAUGAACAUUGUUGCUCUAAUUGUUUUGGGGAUUGUCUAUCAUCACCUGUACCUUGUGCAUGUGCUCGUGAAACGAAAGGUGAAUUUGCUUACAUGCCUGGGGGACUGUUGAAACAGAACUUUCUAGAAGAGUCCAUCACUAUAAAUCGGAACCCUAAAAAACACCAGUACUUUUAUUGUAAGAAUUGUCCACUAGAAGGGUCUAAGAACAAGAAGAAAUCCAAUAGAUGCAAGGGCCAUUUACUGAGAAGAUUUAUAAAAGAGUGCUGGUCUAAAUGCGGAUGCAACAAGUCGUGUGGAAACCGCGUUGUUCAGCGAGGCAUUACAGCAAAAUUGCAGGUGUUUUGGACCCCUGAAGGAAAAGGUUGGGGUCUUCGAACGCUUCAAGACCUGCCGAAAGCAGCUUUUGUUUGUGAGUACGUGGGGGAAAUCGUUACCAACUCAGAACUGCAUGAGAGAAACCUGCAGAACUCUGGUACUGAGAAGCAUACUUACCCGGUGCUACUGGAUGCAGAUUGGGUUUCAGAGGGUGUUUUAAAAGAUGAAGAGGCCCUUUGUUUGGAUGCAACAGUGUUUGGAAAUGUUGCAAGAUUUAUCAAUCACAGAUGCCAUGAUGCUACUUUGGUUGAGAUCCCAGUCGAAGUGGAGACUCCAGAUCAUCACUACUAUCAUCUUGCAUUUUUUACAACAAGGAAGGUCGAUGCUAUGGAAGAGCUGACCUGGGACUAUGGCAUUGACUUUAACGACUGUGAUCAUCCCGUGAAGGCUUUUCAAUGCCUAUGUGGAAGCCAACGCUGUCGUGGAUCUAAUUGUUGAAAGUCGUUUGAAAGAGGUGGUAUCAGUUUGAUAUUGUCAUCUUGUUUACAAAUUGUUCUAAUAGCGCACACGAUCUUGUUUUAAUUGAAUUGGGGAUAUUCCAUGUCUAGUGCUAAGUGAAGGGUAGGAACGAGCCAUCUAUUUUGUAAUUUAAAAAAUCUAGUCCUAGUGCUGUGAAACCACAGUGUAUAUGACAUCUUUAAAAAUUCCCCCUUGUUUUUACUCAACUUAAUUAGUCUUGCUCCAAAUUACUUACUGUAUGACAUGACUAUGAAAUUUGAUUGUCGUAGUUAUUCAUAUUGGGGAUGACAAUGA